AUGUCAUGAUUUCAUAAACAAAAUGUUAUGCGCAAAGCUAUGCCAAAAAUUCAUCAACUUGAACUAGUCAAGAAAUGCUCUGAGCAGCUACUAAGCAAAAGGCAGCAAAAUUGUUUCUUCUGUAAGUACUUGAGCAGCACUACGAAACCCCAUCAAGAAGAUGAAUUCAAUUCAAAAAUCAUCUUUAUUUCCAAUCAGGCACAAACUGAAAUUAGUUCUGAAAUUACCCUGUUUAAGGACUUUCAAAUCUUGAAUUCUGGUUCGACGCCUAGUGCUUAUUCUCUGGUUAAUUUGAUCCGUUCAUGUACCAAUGUUGGUUGGUUUUCUCAUGGUGAGCAGCUUCAUUGCUGCAUUUUAAAAUCUGGGUAUGUCAGCAAUGUCUUUGCUGCCACAGCUUUGGUUAAUUUCUAUGUGAAAUUUCAGUUUUUGGGUAAUGCACAACAACUGUUUGACGAAAUGACUGAACCAAAUGUUGUUACUUGGAAUACGUUGAUAUCGGGUUAUGUUCGUUCUGGGAAGUUUACUGCUGCUCUGAACUUGUUUAUUCAGCUGGAAAGAUCGAAACUUUGUUCUGAUUCAUACUCUUUUACAGCUGUUUUAUCAGCAUGUGGAUCACUUGGUUUAGUACAACUAGGGAAAUUGAUACAUUCCAAGAUUGUGAAAUUUGGUGUGGAGUGCAGCAUUGUGGUCUCGAAUUCUUUGAUUGACAUGUAUGGAAAGUGUAGCUUUGUAGAAGAAUCGACGAGGGUGUUUAAUAGUAUGAUGGAGAAAGAUAUGAUUUCUUGGAAUUCAGUCAUUGCAGCAAAUGCAAGAAACAACAGGCUUGAUCAAGCAUUUGAUUUCCUGCGUCAAAUGCCUGAACCUGAUACAGUGUCAUACAACGAGGUAAUUAGUGGCGUGGCACAGUUUGGUAACAUAGAAGAUGCUGUUGAUAUGUUAUCAAGAAUGCCAAGCCCGAAUUCAUCAUCAUGGAAUUCGAUAAUAACAGGAUAUGUCAACCGAGGCAGAGCAAAAGAAGCUCUGCUGUUUUUUCAAAACAUGCAUCUUAGUAAUGUUCUUAUGGAUCAAUUCACUUUUUCAAGUAUAUUGAGUGGCAUUGCCAAUAUAGCAGCUAUAACAUGGGGAAAGUUGAUCCAUUGUUGCACAGUGAAGUAUGGUGUGAACGAGACUGUUGUUGUUGGAACUGCUCUAAUUGACAUGUAUUCUAAAUGUGGGCAAAUGAAUGAAGCUGACAUUCUGUUUGGAUGGCUCCCUGUCAAGAAUCUGAUAACGUGGAACACGAUUAUAUCUGGAUAUGCUCAUAACAGUAAUUCAGAUGAAGUGAUCCGGCUGUUUGAGCAGUUGAAAUCGGUGAAAGAUUUACAACCAGAUGGUAUUACAUUCGUGAACGUCUUGGCUGCAUGUUGGCAUAACAUGUCUUGUGAUGCUGCAAAUGACUAUUUCGAACUGAUGGUCAACGAUUAUGGUAUCAGCCCAAUGCCGGAACACUGCUCUUCAAUGAUUAAGCUCAUGGGACAAGAAGGGGAUGUGAGUAAGGCAGAGAAAAUGAUAUAUGAACUCGGAUUUGAAAACUGUGGAUUAGUUUGGAAGGCAUUACUAGGUGCUUCUGUCACUUGUGGGAAUACAGAAAUAGCAGAAGUAGCCGCUGCAAAGGUGAUAGAAUUGGAAGGCGAUAACGAGUUUGUUUAUGUAUUAAUGUCUAACAUGUAUGCAUUGCAUAAGAAGUGGAUCGAUGUUGGUGACAUGAGGGAGAAGAUGAAGGAGAAAAGAGUGAAUAAAGAAGCUGGUCGGAGUUGGAUUGAAGUGGAAAACUCAAAUACAGUUACAUCUAUAAUAUGAUAAAAAGAUUAUAACAAAGCCCUU